UUAUUAUUUAAGUAUGCAAUUUUUAUUUCCGCUGGUUACUUGGAUAUUACGUAGCAUGCUGACAUGUUUAAAUUUUGCCACAUAGACAUGCCAAAUGUCGAGUUUCUGUGCAUCCAAGUCUCCUUUAUUAUAUUAAAGGAUUCCCCAUCAAUUAUAAGGAGAGGGCAUUAAUGUGUCAUACACGAAAAUUCAGUUAGUUGGUGUGACUGCAUGACAUAUUUAUAGUAUGAGUGUUUGUUUAUAUUUAUACGCCCAACGAGGCCUGCAGAUCACACUGCAGUCGAAAAAUUAAAUGGCCUCCUCGCCGCCUUCCUCCUCCGCAGUCCGCCGCGAGGCUGCCGCAGUUGCUGAGAAUUGGAGCGGUGUGCCGCCGUUGGCUAUCGACGACGACAACCAGUUCCGAAAGAACUCCGGUCCGGCCGCGGCGUCCGCCAUCGCCACCAAGGAGAAUCAUGUAAUGCUAAGGCCUCACACCUAUCAUCCGGUAGAUCCACUCUCGGCCACCGAGAUCUCUGUGGCGGUGGCCACCGUUAGAGCUGCCGGCGACACUCCUGAGGUAAGGGAUGGCAUGAGAUUCAUUGAAGUGGUUCUAGUGGAACCAGACAAAAGUGUUGUUGCAUUAGCUGAUGCAUACUUCUUCCCACCAUUCCAAUCUUCCUUGUUGCUCAAAACAAAGGGAGGCCCUCCGAUCCCGACCAAGCUCCCGCCACGCCGAGCUCGGCUCAUCGUCUACAACAAAAACACCAAUGAGACGAGCGUGUGGGUCGUUGAGCUAGCUGAGGUGCACGCCGCGGCCCGCGGCGGGCAUCACAAGGGGAAAGUGAUUUCUUCCAAAGUUAUUCCCGAUGUUCAACCUCCCAUAGAUGCUCAAGAGUAUGCUGACUGUGAGGCAGUGGUGAAAAGUUAUCCUCCUUUUAUAGAGGCGAUGAAGAGAAGGGGCAUUGAUGAUAUGGAUCUUGUGAUGGUUGAUCCUUGGUGCGUCGGCUAUCACUCCGAGGCCGAUUCUCCCAAUCGUAGACUCGCAAAACCACUGGUUUUCUGCAGAACAGAGAGCAAUUGCCCGAUGGAAAAUGGAUAUGCAAGGCCGGUUGAAGGAAUAUACGUCCUUGUGGAUGUGCAAAACAUGGAGAUUAUUGAGUUUGAAGACCGAAGGCUUGUUCCUUUACCGCCUGUUGAUCCGUUAAGGAAUUACACAGAAGGAGGAACCCGAGGAGGAGUUGAUCGCAGCGAUGUCAAACCGUUACACAUUACUCAGCCAGACGGGCCUAGCUUUCGCGUUAGUGGAAAUUAUGUGGAGUGGCAGAAGUGGAACUUUAGGAUUGGAUUUACGCCGAGAGAAGGUUUGGUGAUACACUCCGUUGCAUAUCUUGAUGGUAGCAGAGGCAGAAGACCCAUAGCCCACAGGCUAAGUUUUGUCGAAAUGGUUGUCCCUUACGGGGAUCCAAACGAUCCACACUACAGGAAGAAUGCAUUUGAUGCAGGAGAAGAUGGGCUCGGGAAGAAUGCCAAUUCACUCAAAAGGGGGUGUGAUUGUUUGGGAUACAUAAAGUACUUUGAUGCUCAUUUCACGAAUUUCACCGGAGGGGUGGAAACCGUCGAGAACUGUGUGUGUUUGCACGAGGAAGAUCACGGGAUACUGUGGAAACACCAAGACUGGAGGACUGGCUUGUCUGAGGUUCGCCGCUCAAGGCGUCUCACUGCCUCUUUUAUUUGCACCGUGGCCAACUACGAGUAUGCCUUCUACUGGCAUUUCUACCAAGAUGGUAAAAUUGAGGCACAAGUUAAACUUACUGGCAUUCUAAGUUUGGGAGCUCUACAACCGGGGGAGUCACGAAAAUAUGGAACCAUGAUUGCUUCUGGGCUAUACGCCCCGGUUCAUCAACAUUUCUUCGUAGCCCGAAUGAAUAUGUCCGUGGAUUGUAAACCUGCAGAAGCACACAAUCAGGUGGUUGAAAUGAAUGUGAGAGUUGAAGCAGAAGGGGAUGAAAAUGUUCACAACAAUGCAUUCUAUCCCGAGGAAACUUUGCUCCGGUCUGAAUUGCAGGCCAUGCGCAACUGUGAUCCGUUUUCUGCUCGCCAUUGGAUCGUGAGGAACACAAGAACAUUGAACAGAACAGGACAACCAACAGGAUACAAGCUGGUUCCUGGUCCAAAUUGUUUGCCAAUGGCCGGUCCGGAGGCAAAGUUUCUGAGAAGAGCUGCAUUCUUGAGACACAACCUGUGGGUGACUCAGUAUGCCCCGGGAGAAGAUUUCCCCGGGGGAGAAUUCCCGAACCAAAACCCGCGCGUAGGGGAGGGGCUGGCUUCUUGGGUUAAGCAGGACCGCAAUCUUGAGGAAUCUGACGUUGUUCUUUGGUACGUUUUCGGAAUCACUCAUGUCCCGCGGCUAGAAGAUUGGCCUGUCAUGCCGGUGGAACACAUUGGCUUUAUGCUUCAGCCGCACGGGUUCUUCAACUGUUCACCGGCGGUGGAUUUGCCUCCGCCGCCAGGAUGCCAGUCGGAAACAAGGGAGACAUAUCAUGGAGACAGGGCUUCUUCUUCUCCUCCUCCUGGUUUGAUUGCUAAACUCUGAAGAAUGAUGAUUCAACCAAUACUAUAAAAAAGAACACAGAAGAAUCAAAUUUUGGCUUUUGUUUUGUUGUUGAAUGUGAUAGUAAUUUAACUUUGGGUUUGUUUUGAAGUAUCAUUAGUAUUCAUGUGUAACAUUUUAAAUAAAGAUAUAGCCAAGUUCUAGUUACAUUGGUUUGUUUUAAAUAAGAAAAUAUAAUAAAAUUAUGGUUUUGUG